AUGCGACUUUCACGGCGGGUACUGCACUUCUGUGCCCAGGAAGUGGUAUGGGUUUGCCGGGUUUCACAGAAAAGCGAGAGCGUGGACAACGACCAAGAUUUUACUUCCGAAGAUGAAUGGAGCGGGAGGGCAUAUCCCUAUGUUCCAUAUGGUAUCCUUGAGAAAAACCCCAAGGAGCAGGACAAGAUGGCUGCCCUAUCUGGGCUGGCGGAACAAAUGCAAUCUCUACGGCCCCCCGAGGAUCGAUACCUGGUUGGCUUGUGGGAGAAGACUUUACUUUCUGAUCUUCUCUGGACGCAGGGAUGGAGCUACACGGCUCCAAACUCACGAAUCUCCCGCUAUCCGUCCUGGUCCUGGGCCUCAUCACCAUACCAAGUCGAAUGGUCAAGGGAUUUCAACAUAUCACUGAAGUGUACGCAAGUCGAGGCAACCAAAGUUACCACCCGAGGUCCGAGUCACAUGGCCAACUGCAUAGAGGCGACGAUCACAUUGAAGGCUCCCCUUCUAGACGCAACCCCUUUGCUUACCGCUGCUCAAGCUCAUAUUGCCGCAUCCCGGGUUUCAGGCGAUUACGAAUCUUCUUCGCCAUUUGGUAACUUGUAUCCUGAUCCGUACGACGCCUUUAUCACAAAUCUGGAUCACUUGAUAUCACUCCCGCAGAAACUUCUGGCUGCUUCAUUCUUCUAG